GGAUACAUCCCUUUUCUUGCUGCCUGAGUGAGAAUUCAACUGUGCCUCACCCUUCAUUUUGGACACCUCUGGCUUUUCGCUGAAAUCGUCGAGGCCUGAUGUGAUCAUUCAAUUGUUCCAUCUCAACAGUCGUCGCCAUGCUGGCCUCCCCGCGCCUCGUUUAUCUGCUCAAGUUCGCCGGUCCGGCACUGAUUGUCGUAUGGUUGGUCGCCUACAUGGUCUCGGACCAGCCAGCGUAUAACAGCGUCGUUCGCCAGUUCAAAAGCGAAAGGGAUAUCUUCAUCACGGAUUUCUUGGAUCACGAUGUUGGCGGACAACUAGAUGGCAGUAGUAUCUCGGAGCUAUGCGCGAGCAAGACUUGGACACCAGGGUUGAUGCUGUCUUGUGAUCCCCAAUCUGGAGGUUUUGGCCAAGUCAAAGACGCGCAUCUGAACUGCAUUCGCUUCGCUAUCGAGGCUGGUGCCGAGUUGGUUCUUCCCCGGAUCAUCAAGCGCGACGAUAAGAACGUUGCGAAUACCCGGCCCAAGAACGGCGGCGGUCCCUACAUCGGGGAGUUUAUCGACUACUUGUUCGAUUAUGAAUACCUCAACCAAACGCUAUCGGAGCACUGCCCGCAGCUGAAAUUAUAUCGAUCCAUGAACGAGCUUUGGGAUGUGCCACAGGUGCAAUCAGCUCGGAAGAUUAGCUUACAAGAUGUUGGAGCUAAACUGAAUGGCUCCGUUAUUGAGGACAUGAAUACGUUGUCGGAGCAGAUCAAGUCGUACAUCGACAGGACAGAGGACCCAGAGACACGUCCGUUUCCAAUACGGUUCAGAUCCGAUGUGAUAAGCUCGGUUUUCCCAACAGCAUAUGGGAACCCAGAGUUGGCCAAAAACUUUGGCCGUCUUCUACGGCCGCGUAAAGACGCCAGAGUGCUCGCCGCUAUUGCGCUGUACAAUCUGCACAAAAAAUAUCAACUGAAUCUGGACCCUAAGCAGGGUUUCCAGCACAGCACUUUCCCCGGACUACAUCUCAGGACAGAGGCGGAUGCGACUCCUAUCUUUCCACCCUUCGACGACCAGGUCUCUACCUUGGUCGAGCUUGUCACCAACUCAACGGCCGGCUUUGCUUUUGUUGCCACGGGAGAAACAGAAGAGCGCAGACGAAAGUUAUCCAAAAAGGCCGAGGCGGUGGGCGUGACGAUGGUAUACAAGCAGGAUUUAAUGCUGGAUGAACCGGAAGGCCGAGAGCUUCUCGAGCAACUCACAUGGGACCAGCGUGCGCUCGUCGACUACGAGAUCAUGCUUCGGGCUGGACUGACCGUUGGCCUGAGCGGCUCCAUCUUUGACUGGAACAUCGCACUCAGGCGGAAUUCUGUACCAGGAGCAGACGGAGAGCCACCGUCUCUCGCCACCAGCUCCCCUAUCCAACAUCAGGAUAGGUAUUCGAUCCUUCUUGGAUCUUCAGAAAAGGCGGACACAUUGAGGGCGACAGUAUGGCCAUGA